GUACGGUUAACAGGUUAAUGAAAGUAUAACAAUACUCGUAUAAAAUAGACAAGAAAUUGCUAAAUUUUCAUAAACAUCCGCAGUCCAUUUAUUUAAACAUAGAAAAAGAUAUUGCCACUUCACCUAAAGCUAUGAUAAAUAAACAAAAGUUUCUUCUAGGGGAAAACAUCUUAUGUACAUAACCUAUAAACUGCACGCACGUCUCUUAUAUAAAGUGAAAAAUAGAUGCAUCCAAUUUUCGAUUAAUUUAUAUGUGACGCAAGUAUGCACUGUGUUCAACGAACAAUCAUAAUUGGUACGUAAUACGUGGUGUGACACUCGCGGAAAAUAAAUUUAUGCAUUAUUUUUAUUUUGAUUCUCAAUGAUGGAACAGAGGUAAGUACAAUCGAUUAUUCUAGUCGAGUUAAUUAACUAUCGUAUAUCCUGCAAGUCGAUUCUUACUAUCGAUUCACGUUUUAAAAGUCUGUACAACUCGGGGUUAGAGCAGAUUACAAUAAACACGCAAUUUUCUCCAGGAACGUAACACGAUGCAGAAAUAUACGCUUUAACGAAGAUUCCUUUUAAAGUAGUAACUGUAAUUAUAUCUAUUUCAUAUUUUACUGAAAUAAUAUCUAAUUUAUUAAAAGAAACAAACUACAAUACAUAUUACUAAUAAUUUUAUACACAAUAACGAAAUAAUCGUCAAUAAUUCUGCGUUCGAAUAUAGUGCAAGUCAGUACGAUCCUGCUCGCUAUCAAACGGACCAAUAAGAGAACCACCACGUGAUAUUAUAUUGUCGCCAUUGUUGUUAUAAUUUGCGCUAAUCGUAAGUUGAAUAAUGGCAAACUUCAGUACGAUUAUCUUUGACUGGAAAAUUGGCUAUUAACACUGGAAUCAUUUAAAUAGUCGACCAAAUAUUCAUCGCUGGAAUUGCCCGAUACUUUGAAUAUCAGUAAACGAAAUCAAUUUUAUUCUUUACCAUCCGACCGUCAUAGACGACGGAUCAUUUGCAUACUCGAGCGCAUCUCGUCACCUUGUUUCUUCUCCACUCUAUAGUGGUCUUCGAAUCUUUCCAAUUGUGACCCAACACGCAGGAGUCAUAUGUUGCAGCGUGAUACCCGGUAUAACCACAACAAAUUAAAGCCAGGAACUUUGUGUGAAUCGUUAUAUUCAUUUAAUUACCAUUUAUUAACGUAAUUACAUAUUUUUUAUGGAUAGUAGAUAACGAUUGCCAGUCGAUUUGCGAAUUACGAAAGAGUUCAUUCACGGCGGCGAUCUCACGCGAUGCCACGAUCAAGCUCGCCGCUUUCGACCGUGUUCUACGCGCCGCCGGAAGAACAAGGAAAGGAAGACUCAGGAGUAGGAGCCGCGGCGCGUAUCCAGCCACUUUCAUUGUUAUUCGAUCUGCCUUACUCCGAAGGUGCAACCUAAGGACCCUCUUCUGUUCUCGGCUCCCGGAGAAACGACGGGAUCCUUCUUAAAUUUGUUGUGGCCGAUGAAUCGCGCGACCGAGUCCACCGCUUUUGCAUCCAGUUCAACGGAGUCUUCUUAUUCCUCUACGCUUUUUAUGCCUGCUGUUACAAUUAUUCUUUCUAUUAUCUUGUACAAGAGUUCUUUGCUGCGAGGUGAUGUUGGAAUUCAAGUUAUCCACGACGUUGUUGCUGGUGGUUUCGUCGAUCAGCUUCAUUCGCGCGAACAUUGCUAACUGGGAAGCCUGCGGUGGAAGGUUGGAACGCGCCUUGGAUGCACUCCACAGAGAUUCUAGCAGAAGGAACAGACUGGAAAACGAGGAAUCUGGCGCCUCUUAUCAGCAAGAACUUCGUUCUGCACCACUUGAGAUGUCAGUCUCCCGGAUUGCUGUUAAAUUGCCGCAAGGUGCUAGAGAUGUCGAAUCUCCUUGGGCCAGAGUGGAAAAAUGUGUUUAUGAACCUAACAACAAUUCUCUCCAAACUCGUGUGAUGUUCAAUGACCUCUCAGUCUCUGGUUUGGUAUCGUUGGUGCCCAGAGAUCAUCAACCACCGAUCCCAGCUGAAUCCUGUAGGAUGAGUCUGCGAUUAAGGCGCGCAGGAAUUGAUUUUCUAACCAGCCCAAUCGCUAGAGGCAGAGGACAAAUGAGAAUUCGUACCGAGUCCAGUUUCCUGGAGCCGAGAUUUGCUUCUAUUUAUGCUUACGGUUGUCACACUAGGCGUUUAGACAAACAGAUUAAGAGACAAGACAAAUGGCCACCAUUUUAUCAUCCCCCUCGGGAUGAAAUAAAUACGUAUACUACGGUACCUUUAAUACAAAAUGACGACUACGAUGCAGCGGAACCUCGACAACUAAUAGGCGUUUCGAAAGAAGUAGAUGUUGUCAUACCGAACGAGACUCGUCAUUCUCGUUUCCUGAGUUCACCGGUUUCAAAAUUGGGCAUCUGGCGAAAGAACGUUUGGCUGACCAAGUCACCGCCACGGGACAGGAGAUCCAUUCCCGAAUCUAAUGUCCUCGAAGGCACUUCGAGCGUUCGUCGCUUUCCAGGAACUUUCGAAAUUGGCCAGGAAGCUGGUGAUCAAAACAGCAGGAUCUCUAGAUCCAUGGAGACGAUCACUCCAAAGGAUUUCGCAACAGCGCUGUCCGACAAGAGAUUAAGAACAAACGAAACUAACAAUUGUACUGACCAUCAAAACAGCUUAGAGAAUAAAACGGAAAGUUUCUUGGGAACCUUGGAUGACAAUCAACCAAAGAACAAUUUCAAAAGAGAAAAUAAUUAUCAAAAUAGUGAAGACCCCAAAGAGACCAGACAGAUAUAUCCCGAUGAAAAUCUGGACAGUAUAUUUUCACUCGACUUAGACAAUGAUAGUAGAGGAUGGCAGUCCAAAGAACAUGUAGCUAGAGAAAUGGAGGAUGUGUUUCUCAGAGGUGCUAGCCAGGCUUUGACUAGGUUUAUUGAGCGACAACUGCAUCCAGCUAUCAAAGAAACUUUAAUGAUUUCAAUGGGGUAUACCAUUAGCUAUGGAUAACAUACCCUAUGCUGUUUCCAUUGUUAGUAACUCUUAGAAAAAUUUGUAGUCAAGCACAAGUUAGGGACAUUGUGAAAAUUCGAGUGAAAUCGGAAUCACGGAUUUUAUAUUUGUCUAGUCUUGAGAACAAUAAAAUUCGUUGAAUUAAACUCUGUUUAAAAAAAUCCGGGUGACAGAUCAUGGAACUGACGUACGGUCUUAUUUAUUUAUAUUAUGUACAUACAUCUCUAUUUUGUUCAAUAAGAUCUUCUCAUAAAUUUCUUUUACUUAAGAAUGUAAAUUUCCUUCUUGCAAAAUGAGUGAUUAUAUGCCUUUUGAGCGAAGGAACUAUGUUAAGAAAUAUUCAUUAUAAAUGAUUUGUCAUCCUGUUGUAGUAUUUGUACAUUAAAUCUAUCUGUAGUCUGUAUUGUCGCAUAUAAAAUUUUCCGUACAAUGCACAAUUUACUUCUUUAAUCUACACACUGUUAAAUUGAAUAAUUCAUUGUUUAGACCUCAUUUGUUCAAGCAACGAAUACACUACAAUUUUGAAAAUGUAUAUAUAGUAA